UUUUCAAGCAACGCGUCUUUUGCUUAUUUUUAAUUUGAAACAUUUUGUUUCCUUUUAUUGUGUGUACGCUUGGUAAUUUCUGUGUUUUAUAUUCAUAAGUUAAAGUUUUUUAACUUAAGAUUCAGUGAUCUGUGAUCCUCGCAACAUAACGGUGAAGUAGCACCCAGAAACCAUAUUGAAAGUGUUUUGUUGUCACAACAAAGUUAUAAUUUUACAAAACUAUUAACAUGGCUAAGAAAGAACAAGGCAACACAGUAACAGUUGAAGCUGAAAAGCAAGAGGAGCCAACACCAACAGCACCAACAAACAAAGCCGAAACACCAGAGCCGAAACAACCAGACCCAACUCCGAAGCCGACAUUGGUAAAGGUCCAGGUACCAGCGCCGGCGACUCAGACAUCUCGGUUCACUGUGCCCUCGUUCACGAAGACUCCUCCAAAUGAGCUGUACAAGAAGUUACUGCCGGCGGUCCUGUUUCUGUUGACGUUUGUCACUGUGAUGACGAUGCUGCUUAUUUAUAUGGAUACUGUUGCCCUAGGAGCACAGCAGUUCCGCCUCAACAUGUCUCGUGAUUAUGAGCUAGCCAAGAUCCCCGCGGAGUCACCGACUUUAGUGGCAUAUGUGCGGCAGCUGCAUCUCUCUCCAAGGCCAUCCAAGAACCCACCACCAGUCACUGAGCCUAACGACAGAGUUAAAGUGCUGGAUAAACUGUAUGGGGAGAUUUACAACGGCACCCUAGUAGAGAUUCUACCGCGCGGCGGGCGGGACCGCGGGGCGCUCUACUUGGAGGGUGCUCGCGGCUGGCGCGGCACCGCCGUCCGCGCCCCCAUGAGGGACUUCCUGCAGCUGAGGGCCGCCGCCGCAGCCUUGCACGCGUGUCUCAGCCCUACGCAUCCGAGAGAGGUGAGCUACCAGGAGGACGCGGGCGCCGGCAGCACGUUCAGCUCGCGGGUGCUCUGCCUGCCGCUGCACACGAUCCUGCUGGUGGCGGACGCGGUCGCCAGCGACUACGUCAUCCUCGCCGGCGACACCGUGCCGCGCGCGCUCACGCACCUGCCCUACAGCGACGUGCGGCUGAGGGUGAUAGAGUUCAGAUCGACUGACAUGGCUGCUCGCAACACAACCACUGAGUUUCUCAAAACUAAGAACUACACUGUGGCUGCUACUUUCCCCGAUGGCGUCAUGUACGCGCUGCAAGAAGUUAAGGAGGAGCAGCUCUGAGCGACAGCAACGCGGUGGGAGGCGUUCGUGUAGUAUGUAAGCUGAGGGGGGGGGGGGGGGGGGGGGGGAAUGUUAUGAGGCGUUAUUUGAGGGAGGGGGGUUUUAUAAAAGUUUAAGGCUUUACAUGGACAGAAUAAAACGUUAUUUGAGAGAGAGCAGGGUUAACUAUCGCACAGUAUUAGUAAAUAUGUAAAAAUGGUACAGCGACUCUGCAACAAAAAAUUGCCUUUACAUCCUAAAGGUAACUUCUUUUUUCAUAAUAACUUUAUUACUAAUCUAAGAAGAAAAAGGAAGCUAAAAAUGUUACAGCGUGUUACACAAGUAAGAUCUAAAUAGAUCUCUUGAAAACUGCGUUACAUAUUACUUGAACGCUCCACUAUAAGGCGAUAGGUUUUAGAGUAAGACUAAGCCGUAGUUAAAAGUUCACAGGACCAUGUAGGAGUAAAAUGUCAACAAAAAGCAGGUUUUCACACGAAACUACUUUUUUAAUGUCCCUUGGCAUUCGUCGCACAAAGUUUUCCGGAGGACAUUAAGUUCGUAGUACUGUUUACACUGAAGCAGUCUGGUACUGACGCAAAAUAUUUGUGAUAAUAAUGACAAUGUCAUUUGGUGAUAAUGGGGUUGACAUUGUGAAUACUGUCGUUUAUAAUUGACAUUGUCAUUUUUGUUUAUGUCAUUCACGUUACGAAAUUUUACUGAAAAUAUAUCUUUGUCAUUGUCAUUUUAUGUUAGUAAAUAAUAAUGACACUUAAAAAGUUGGAUUCCUAGUUGAAGUAAAAUAAAUACAAUAUAAGCAAAAGUUUGAACUUUGAACAUUUC